CGCUUAGCAGGCGAGGCGGGACGGCGUAGCUGUUGCCGGGACGAUGGCGGGGACGGCGCUCAAGAGGCUGAUGGCCGAGUACAAACUUGCCACUCUGGUCCAAGCCACCAUCUGCCCUGCCUGGACUGUUGCAGUAACAACUUUUAAAACUGUUUAUUAGCUCGAAAUACAACCGUCAUGAAGAAAAGUGCAAGGGAAGACAUGUUCAGCUCAGUGAGUUCUCAGAGAGCACAUCACCACCCAGGAAUUAACACUGAAUCCUCCAGAAGGAAUUGUGGCAGGCCCUAUGAAUGAAGAGAAUUUUUUUGAAUGGGAGGCCUUGAUCAUGGGCCCAGAGGACACCUGCUUUGAGUUUGGUGUUUUUCCUGCCGUCCUGAGUUUCCCACUUGAUUACCCGUUAAGUCCCCCGAAGAUGAGAUUUACCUGUGAGAUGUUUCAUCCCAACAUCUACCCUGACGGAAGAGUCUGCAUUUCCAUCCUUCAUGCUCCGGGUGAUGACCCCAUGGGCUACGAGAGCAGCGCCGAGAGGUGGAGCCCGGUGCAGAGCGUGGAGAAGAUCCUCCUGUCGGUGGUUAGCAUGCUGGCAGAGCCCAAUGAUGAAAGUGGAGCGAACGUGGAUGCUUCCAAGAUGUGGCGAGAUGACCGGGAGCAGUUUUACAAGAUCGCCAAGCAGAUCGUACAGAAGUCUCUGGGGCUCUAAGGCCUCGCCCACGCGAGCACAGACGUGUGCCCCACGCGUGCGUGCCAACACACGCCACCAAGCAGUUUCCAGUGUUUCUUCUCUGGAACACUUAGUGACAUUGGCACUCUGUGCUAGUACCAAAAAAGGCAAGCUUGCAGAACCACAGCAUCUAUUUUUUUUCCACCUUUCCCACCCCAAACAGGCUUCUCCUCUGAAAUGGUGAUUUAUGUAGGAUCAUGACAGCUGGAUGCAGUUUCACAGUGUUCCUGGCUCGGCAGUUCAGGUAGAUCGUCCAGGCUGUCACCACUACCUCUCCCAGAUGAAGCGCCUACGAACCCAACAGUCAGUGACUUCCCUUCCCUCCCGGAGUGCUGAGGGGGUAUGUGCCAGAUUCCAGGGGACUAGACCCAGUAAUGUUUCUUCUGGAGAAAUGGGGCUUGAGGCAAAGCAAAGGGCGGGGCCCAGCGUCUCUGGGCCCUCUGCUUCCCGGGUGCCUGUGAGGAGUAUGUAACUCUGUCCCAGUACUUUAUAUUUUACAAGCAGAUAUUUUUCUUAUAAUCUAGUUACAUCUUUUUCAUUUGUUAUGUAUUACAAGCUAUCACACUUAGAAAAACUUUCAGGAAAUAAAUACUUUUUACAAAGGUGGAUUAAUGAAAAAAAAAUGGCAUACAUGGAAAAGUUACUACUGGUCAUAAAGACUGGUGGUAUUUUCCUGAUCAUAUUUAUUAGAGAUUUACAUUUAUGUCUUAGUUACUAGGGCAUUGCUAGAGCAGCAACAUACGAGACUGAGAGUUUUAGUCCAAGUUUCCACUGGAUCUACUGGAGUUUGUCUUUUCCAGUAUAAACACUGGAAAGUGCUAAGGUUUGUAUAUGUGGUUGCACCAGGACCUUGAUUGGGACAAGAUUGUUCUUCACAGCUUGGGGUCGGCAGGGCAUCUGCCAUUAGAGCAGAGCACAGAGUGUGCCUUAUCCCCGAACUUGACCGGUGCUCGUGGAGGUGUGGCGUGCGGGGCCCCCAGCCUUGGUGGGGACAGCACUUCCUUGUGGCUUGUGAUUUUGAUGCAGUCUGGAUAUCCCAGCGAGGGCAGCGCAGCAGCACAGGCCGGGGCCUCCAUUACAAGCAAUAACAGAUCUGUGGCAUGCAGAAUCAGAUAUUUGGCCUGUUUCAAACAGGUUAAAUUUAAGUAGGGAUUUCAAUUUUUGAAAUAAGGGACAGUCUACAAGACAUACAAUAGAUGUUGCUUUACAUUACCCUCUCCUUCCCUUUCAUAAUGGAUCUGGUGGACAGCAGUCUGUUUUACUGAAGCCUUACACGUAACUUCUUGGUGUUAACAACUGCUGGUCGAAGGGCUCCAUAUUGGGCUUCUAUGGAAACCAGAUUCUUUCCUUCUCGGAAGGGAAUCAUUUAACAUUUGAAACUCAAUACAAGAACUUAUAUUUGGAAGGGGAUGGGGAAAGGAGAGGUAUUCUACCUAAAUAGUAUUUUCAGGCAGGUUAAAUGAGACUUAGUCCUCUCCAUGGAGAGGAAAGAAGUGGUUUGUGGGGGUGGAUGUAGUUCGUGGACACAGCUGUGGGCGUUGUAGUCACAUCAGUGGCCACAGGGGCUUUCAUGAGAUGGGGAGAAGGAAAACAGGCAGUCUCUUUGCAAAACAAAGUAUUUUUAUUCAUUUGUAUUUAUUAAAUGGAAAAAAAGAAGGAAUCCCAUGGUGUCCUUAUUCUGUGGUGGAGUUUAAUUACUAUGUUAAAAAUAAAGUUAUAUAUUUUCCCCCUG